AUGUCUAGCAUUCAUUACAUCAUUAAGUUCUACUUUAGAAAGCGCCCUAUCUUUAACGUAGCCUCUAUUAUAGAGGACUACGCUAUAAAGCAUACUCGUAUAGCUACGCCUAACGUCGUAAUCUUCGAUAAAAAGAUUGCUACUACUAACAUUACUUUAGCUAGUCGUAGUCUCGAGGUCCCUCUAAUUAACAGCUUUAAGGAAGAUAUCGGCGAUAAGGGUAAGGGUAAGGGCAAGACGAAGAUUAUAGCUAAGUCUAAGGUUAAGGUUACUAAGACUAAGGUCGGUAAGAAGGCAAAGGUUUAUAAGCGCGUUAGCUUCUUAAUCGAGGACGAUAAAGAUAACGGUCCUAUUCGUCGUUUAACGCUAAUUAGGAAUUAA